CCGAUCAUUCUCCCUCUCUCUCUCCUCUUUUGGGUCACUGAAUUCAGAAUAUGCUUCUUCCAACCACUUGAACGUUUUUGUAAAUCCUCUCCAAAUUGGCAUAUUUUUAAUAAAAGUUGAAAUUUGGAUAUUUUGGCUUCUGGGUCUCUGCGGGUUUUCAUUUCAGUACUGUUUGUGUGUCAAUACACGAGAGAGAGAGAGCAAGUGAGUGACUGUUCUUCCUUUUCUCCUUUCUUUCUUGUCUGGGUUUGCUCGGAAGCUUCCUAGAACCAAACCCCAUAAUCUGGUUCCCCAAAUUUCUGCUUCUUUUCCAAUUUUUCUCCAACCCCAGAUUUCAGUUUCUGGUUCUGCUUCGAUUUUGGGGGGUUUUAAAGAAUACCCAUUUCGUCUACUUCAUGGAUUGAUCUCUGAAAAAUCCGUCCCCAAAGGCCCAAACAAUGGUUUCCAGGUCGUACUCUAAUUUACUCGAGCUCGCCACCGGAGAAUCGCCGUCUUUCGGCCGUAUGAACCGCCAGAUUCCGCGGAUUAUGACCGUCGCCGGCUUAAUCUCCGACGUCGACGACGACCCAUCGGAGAGCGUGUCGUCGGAGCCGUCGUCCUCCUCCGCCCCACGCGACCGGAUAAUCAUCGUCGCCAAUGAGCUCCCCAUCAGAGCCCACCGGAAAUCCACCGCCUCCGCCGGCUGGACCUUCAGUUGGGAUGAGAAUUCACUCCUCCUCCAGCUGAAAGAUGGCUUAGGAGACGAUGAUUUUGAGGUAAUUUAUGUUGGUUGUCUUAAGGAAGAUGUUCAUCCAAAUGAACAAGAUGAGGUCUCUCAAAUACUUUUGGAAACUUUUAAAUGUGUUCCCACAUUUCUCACACAAGAUCUUUACACUAGAUAUUACCAUGGCUUCUGCAAGCAGCAGCUAUGGCCUCUGUUUCAUUACAUGCUCCCGCUGUCGCCCGACCUCGGCGGUCGGUUUAACCGGCCGCUGUGGCAGGCUUAUGUUUCUGUGAAUAAGAUCUUUGCUGAUAGGAUUAUGGAAGUGAUCAAUCCUGAGGAUGAUUUUGUUUGGAUUCAUGAUUAUCAUCUUAUGGUGUUGCCUACUUUCUUGAGGAAGAGAUUCAAUAGGGUCAAGCUUGGGUUCUUUCUGCAUAGUCCAUUCCCGUCCUCGGAGAUAUAUCGGACGCUCCCAAUUCGGGAGGAGCUCUUGCGGGCCCUCUUGAAUUCGGAUUUGAUAGGGUUCCAUACGUUUGAUUAUGCUCGGCAUUUUCUAUCUUGUUGUAGUCGAAUGCUCGGUCUAACGUACGAGUCGAAGCGGGGGUAUAUCGGGAUAGAGUACUACGGUCGAACGAUUAGUAUCAAGAUCCUUCCUGUUGGGAUUCAUAUGGGUCAGCUUCAAUCUGUUUUGAGUCUUCAGAAAACAGAGGAGAAAGUUAGUGAGCUUAUUAAGCAAUUUCGCGAUCGGGGUAGGAUAAUGUUGCUCGGAGUUGACGACAUGGACAUAUUCAAGGGGAUAAGUUUGAAGCUAUUGGCUAUGGAGCAGCUGUUGAUCACACACCCUGAGUGGCAGGGGAAAGUAGUAUUGGUGCAGAUCGCCAAUCCUGCGAGAGGCCGAGGGAAAGAUGUGAAAGAAGUUCAGGACGAGACGAAGGCAACUGUUAAGCGGAUUAACAAAAUGUUUGGGAAGCCUGGGUAUGAGCCAGUUGUGUUGAUUGAGGAACCACUAAAAUUCUACGAGAGAAUCGCAUAUUAUACUGUUGCCGAGUGUUGUUUGGUCACUGCUGUUCGAGAUGGUAUGAAUCUCAUUCCGUAUGAGUACAUUGUCAGUCGCCAAGGAAACGAUAAGUUGGAUCAAAUUUUGGGGUGUGAAUCAUCAGCACCAAAGAAGAGUAUGUUGGUUAUCUCCGAAUUUAUCGGGUGCUCUCCAUCCUUAAGUGGAGCAAUCCGAGUUAAUCCCUGGAAUAUUGAUGCUGUAGCAGACGCAAUGGAAUGUGCAUUGGAGAUUGAAGAGGCCGAAAAGGAGCUUCGCCAUGAGAAGCAUUUUAGAUAUGUCAGCUCGCACGAUGUCGGGUAUUGGGCUCGGAGUUUCCUUCAAGAUUUGGAGAGGACUUGUAGGGACCAUGUGAGGCACCGAUGUUGGGGUAUCGGGUUUGGUUUAAGUUUUAGAGUUGUAGCUCUUGAUCCCAACUUUAGGAAGCUCGCAAUGGAGCACAUAAUUUCAACUUACAAGAGAACGAAAUCUCGAGCUAUUCUUCUGGAUUAUGAUGGUACUUUAAUGCCUCAAGCUUCGGUUGACAAGAGUCCUACUUCGAAAUGCCUCGAAACUCUUAAUGCCUUAUGUCGGGAUAAGAACAAUAUGGUAUUCAUUGUCAGUGCAAAAGGACGAAAGACACUUGCUGAAUGGUUUGCGCCAUGUGAAAAGAUCGGCCUUGCUGCCGAGCACGGAUAUUUUAUCAGGCUAAAGCAAGAUGAGGAAUGGGAAACCAGUUUUCCAGUUGCAGAUGGCUAUUGGAAGGAGAUGGUGCAGCCAGUGAUGAAACUCUACACUGAAACGACCGAUGGAUCAACAAUUGAAGAUCGAGAAACCGCAGUCGGAUGGUGUUAUGAAGAUGCAGAUCCAGAUUUUGGUUCUUGUCAAGCUAAGGAGCUCUUCGAUCAUCUUGAAAGCGUUCUAGCCAAUGAACCAGUUACUGUCAAAAGUGGACAAAAUAUUGUGGAAGUAAAACCUCAGGGUGUCAGUAAGGGUCUCGUGGCGAAACGACUUCUCUCCGUGAUGCAAGAGAAGGGGACGCCUGCGGAUUUUGUUCUCUGCAUUGGCGACGACAGAUCGGAUGAAGACAUGUUCAAGGUGAUCUCAAGUUCCCUGGCCGGCCCAUCGAUCACCCCCCGAGCUGAAAUUUUCGCUUGCACGGUAGGUAAGAAACCAAGCAAAGCCAAGUAUUAUCUCGACGAUCCAUCCGAGAUCGCGAGGUUGAUGCAUGGUUUGGCUUCGGUGUCGAGGCAGAACGUCCCGCCUUACCCGCCCCGAAGCUAAGUAACAAGGUGCAUUAGCCGGAACUUUUCCAUUUCUCAAUGUCCUCAGUUUCAAUCUCAUUUACACUUCACAAUGUACAUAUUGCCGAGGUUCACUAAAGGAAGAAAGUUAAAAAACUGAGACCCAUUUUUUGUGUUUUGGUUCUAUAUUUAGUAAAAGCUGUAGAUAUAUUUGUAUGUGUUAUAACCAAGAAAAUUUGAUUCCACCCCAAGUUCAA